AUGGCCCCAGCAGCAGCCGUGGGGGUCGUGCUGCUUCCGCUGGCCUCGCGGAGCUGGGUCCGCCACGCGAUUCCUCUGGCGGUCCUCUUGCUGCUGCUUCUUUAUCUCUGCGCUUGGAGCUUUCGCGCCCUCUCAGGCUGCAGAUCCGGGACACAGUCGUGCAUUCCCGAGGGAACAUCGCCUGUCCAGGUCCCGCGGCAGUCGGGUCCCCUGGAGGCCCCCGAGGGGGAAGAGCCUCAAUGUGUGGGCCCCCAGGGGGUGGUGGGCCGCGUGAUGUGGCCGUUCCGCGCCAGUCUGGACCCCGAAGGGGAUGUGGCGUUGUCGCAGUACCUAGCCGGAUGGAGGGCGCUGGUCAGGUUCCUAACUCCCCUCGGCUCCAUCUUCGCCUUCGCCACGAGCGAGGCCUUCGCCAAAGUGACAGCUCUCGAGGCUCGGGUGCACGGCCCCGAGGCGGCGCACUACUCCUCGCUGGCGGCCAUGGUGGCGUGGGAGCGGCGGGAGGGACUGCUGGAGCGCCCCGGGAUCGCCCCCCGAGACACCGCCAGCUCCUCGGGCUCACGGAUCCUGCUCUUGCUGCACCGAGCGCUGCGCUGGUCCCAGCUCUGCCUCCACCGGGUGGCGACCGGGACGCUCGGAGGCCCGGACGCCGGCGCGCAGUGCAGCGACGCGUACCGCACGUCCCUGGGCCCGCACCACCCCUGGCUGGUCCGCCAGGCCGCCCGCCUCGCGUUCCUCGCCUUCCCGGGUCGCGACCGCUGGCUCGAGCUGGCGUCUACCCGAGCCGAAAACCGGUGCGUCACCACUCACACCAAGCGGGCGCUCGGCUUGAUAGUGUCUGUUCAUUAA